CGGAUUGAGGCGCCGCCAUUUUUGCUGCCCGGACGCGGAGCGAGAGGCUGAGAGAGUCGGAGACGCUAUCCGCUUCCAUCCGUUGCGCAGACCCUUCCGGAGCCGCUGCCACUAUGGAUGAUCGGGAGGAUCUGGUGUAUCAGGCGAAGCUGGCCGAGCAGGCUGAGCGAUACGACGAAAUGGUGGAAUCAAUGAAGAAAGUAGCAGGAAUGGAUGUGGAGCUGACAGUUGAAGAAAGAAACCUCCUAUCUGUUGCAUAUAAAAAUGUGAUUGGAGCUAGAAGAGCUUCCUGGAGAAUAAUCAGCAGCAUUGAACAGAAAGAAGAAAACAAGGGAGGAGAAGACAAACUAAAAAUGAUUCGGGAAUAUCGGCAAAUGGUUGAGACCGAGCUAAAGUUAAUCUGUUGUGACAUUCUGGAUGUACUGGACAAACACCUCAUUCCAGCAGCUAACACUGGCGAGUCCAAGGUUUUCUAUUAUAAAAUGAAAGGGGACUACCACAGGUAUCUGGCUGAAUUUGCCACAGGAAAUGACAGGAAGGAGGCUGCAGAGAACAGCCUAGUGGCUUAUAAAGCUGCUAGUGAUAUUGCAAUGACAGAACUUCCACCAACGCACCCCAUUCGUUUAGGUCUUGCUCUCAACUUUUCCGUAUUCUACUAUGAAAUUCUUAAUUCCCCUGACCGUGCCUGCAGGUUGGCAAAAGCAGCUUUUGAUGAUGCAAUUGCAGAACUGGAUACACUGAGUGAAGAAAGCUAUAAGGACUCUACACUUAUCAUGCAGUUGUUACGUGAUAACCUGACACUAUGGACUUCAGACAUGCAGGGUGAUGAUUCCUAAAGGAAAAUCCAACUCUUCCUUUCCUAAAAACUCUACUUUGUGAAGAGCAGAAUAAAGAAGCGCUGCAGGAUGUGGAAGAUGAAAAUCAGUGAGACAUAAAAGCCAACAAGAGAAACCAUCUCUGACCACCCUACUCCUCCCUGUCCCACCCCUUGGAAGUUCCCCAUUGUCACUGAGAACCACCAAAUCUGACUUUUACAUUUGGUCUCAGAAUUUAGGUUCCUGCCCUGUUUUUCCGCCCCCCUUUUUUUGUUUUUGGUUUUUUUUUUUUUUUUUUUAAACAGUUUUCAAAAGUUCUUAAAGGCAAGAGUGAAUUUCUGUGGAUUUACUGGUCCCAGCUUUUAGGUUCUUUAAGACACUAACAGGACUGCAUAGAGGCUUUUUCAGCAUUACUGUAUUGUCUCCGUGCCAGAAGUGGCAAGAUCACCAUUAGAAAUGGAAAUUACAUUUGAAAGCCAUUAGACUUCUAGGUGAUGUAUCUGAGAAAUUGAUCACACUUUAGAGGCAUAUGUGGUAUCAUUUUUUUUUCCUUUUUCUAAUUGUUUGAAUUUUAUAUCAAUGUUUAAACUUAAUUGGGUGUUAGCUUGAGGUGGUUAAAAGGUUGUUUUGGGGGAGGUUUGUUAUGGUUUUGCUGUAAAAAGUGUUUCAAACUCUGCUGAAAUGUUGCUGAAAAGCAUGGUGCUGGUAACAGUUCAACAAUCCGUGGCUGCUCAUUCUUGCCUACUUUUACUCUCCCUCUGAAGCAGGUUAGCAUUGAAGGUGGUAUGGAGAAGCCUGCAUGCGUGUUCAAUUCUUUGUUUCUUCUCCUUCCCUUUCCCUCUGCCUCCCCUACCCUCCUUCGCUCGCUCAACCUCUUUUGUUCAGUAUGUGUAACUUGAAGCUAAUUUGUACUACUGGAUAUCUGACUGGAGCCACAGAUACAGAAUCUGUAUUGUUCUUACUGAAACACAGCAUGGAAUUAACAUUAAACUUAAAUAAAACAAACCUAAAUUAAAAAUGCCAAA